AUGCUGGAUUUGAACUUUAUCAACCCGACUGCUCUUCCCAAGCAAUACAUCGAUCUCCUCCCAUCUCAGGCAGAGUGGGACGCACAGAGGAACGUACACGUUUUAAACGGACGACCUUUACUCAUCAGACCAGAUCAACACAUUGAUCACCCAAGUGGUGACUACGAAGCAGGCCUACCCCAUAACGUUGGAGGGCUCGUACUAUCACACAUCGCAGACAGCAGCAUACCUAGCUCUUAUCCAGGAGAAAGACCAGACGCCCCUUGGAACCUCCCUGUCCAGGAUCCCGUACCCCAACCGAUUCUUGCACCAAUCAUAUCCGAUUACAUACCACCGAUGGCUACAGUUACCAUGGAUGAAGGACAUCACCAUGUCAGCCAGAAGGAACUUGGUUUUAGAAAACCCGAGAUCUUCAACGGUUCAGACCGUUCGAAGCUUAGGGAAUUUAUAAACCAAUGCAAGAACUACAUGGCCGGAAAUAGCCAUGUCUACCAGGAGGACAAUCAGAAGAUCGCAUUCGUGCUAUCGCACAUGCAAGGAGGAACAGCAGGAUCAUGGGCACAGAGCUUCAUAGAAACGGAACUCACCAAUGACGACUUCCUUUCUUAUGGGAGUUGGAGAGACUUCAUUGCGAGUGUGAACAAAGCAUUUGGCGAUGAAAAUAUUGAAGAAACCGCUCAUACCUUGCUGCGUAACAUCAAGCAAGGAACUCGUACUGCGGACGACUACAUUGCCGAAUUCCGAUCGAUUGAAUCCAAGGCGAAAUUAGAAGAUGCCGGAAAUAUCGAGUAUUUCAAGUGGGGACUUAACGACCCACUCCGACAAAGGAUAUAUGGGAUGGAAAGCAUGCCCAAGACACUUGACAAGUGGUAUGAAUACGCCUCGCGGUUUGAUAACCAAUGGAGAUCUGCUCAGAUCUUCAAGCGAGGAGCCACUACGACGACGCGAGGAAAGGGCCGAUCUGUCCAUCGUCCCUACUACUUGGCUUCUGCAAAGGAUCCAAACGCGAUGGAUAUUGAUCAUGUCAAUAUUUCGCGCUUAUCCCCGGACGAGCGACAGAAGAGAAUGAAAGAAGGAUUAUGUUUCCUAUGCGGAAAGAAGGGCCAUAUAGCCAACGACAGACAAUUCCACCCCCAGUCUGGAAGUUUCACCCGUGCUAGAACGAUACAGCCCGGGUUAGACACAGACACGAUCACAUGGAUCAAGAAGAUGCGAGAAGACCUCGCACAGAAGAAGGAGACGUCGAAGGAAGAAACCAGAGAGGAACAGAUCGCCUAUGUGCGAAAUGUCUUCAACGACAUGACUGAUGAAGAACGAACCCAAUUGGGUUUUUGA